CGUCUUUUCCUUCGCGGGUGAGCCUGGCCCGUGCUCGCCUGGUAAAAGUGCUAGGGUUCUUCUCGCCCAUCGCAGCCGCCGCCGCGGCUCUCGCCUCUUGACUCGCUCUCGCCUCUCGGAGCAAAAGCUGUGUCCGCUCCUCCUGGUGAUCCCGGAGCCAGUCCUCGCCGCACCGCGCUGUGUCUGCUCCUCCUGGUGAUCCCGCACCGUGCUGUGUCCGCUCCAUCUUCCUCCGCCGCCACACUCAGCGCCGGUGAGGACUACCCUCUUCCUCUUCCUCUCCUUCUCCCUCACCCUCUCCCUCUCCCUGUGGUUCACUACCGGGUCGUCGGCGAAGGGCGAACGACGCCAUGCCGGCGGAUCCAUGCAGGGCUCCACAAAAGCUGGAUCCGUGGAGGGUUGGAUUCUCUUUGUAGGGCUGGAUCCAUGGAGGGAGUGCACGGCGCUCGUCGCCCAGCUCGAGGUGCGAGGGCAUGUCUACCUACCCGAGGACCUACGAUCUCAUCCAUGCGGACUCGGUGUUCACCCUGUACAGGAACAGGGAGAAGAUCCUCCUGGUUGUCAAGACGUAUUGGACUACCCAUGAGGCCAUGACCAAGAUCAGUAGCAGGACUGUCAAAUCUAUUAAUGAUAUGAAAGAACACUGCUUCUGGUCCCAAAUUAUGGAGAGAAAGGGUCCAACAGUCGAGACGCCUGAAUGGUGCCAGGAAUGAAUUGGUCAUUUUUACUGUAGCCCAGAGGCUUCGCGCAUGGGCUAUGCUACAGAGGCAGGACUCAUGCAGGACUCAGUUUUUUUCCCGGGAGCAUAGUUGGCGGUCUAGUCUUCGGAUUGAUAGCCACUAGUGUGUGUUUUUAGAUUCUGUUGGGCUGUGUGCUCCUAUGGGCAGAGGCCGGAAGUGACUUUCAAGGAAUUGUAUCAUCUCGAUGUACUGUUCUUGAUGAAUAAAAAUCCUUCCCUUUCAAAAAAAGACCACUA